GUGAAGAUGGACUGGCUGCUCCAGCGCGCGAACCGGAUUGCUUCAUAUGAGGGCAGCCUCGAUCUGUUUGUCAACAUGGAGUGGAAUCAAGCAGGCACCACUUGGCAAGUGCUCAAUUCGAAGGAGCUCAUAAUGGACGAUUGGUACCCCCAGGCCAACACGGCGCGACUUUGCAUCAGUGCCAGAGUCACAGUUCCCUCCAACUUCGACGCAAGCAGCGUCCGACACCUCCACGUCCGGCUCAAGGCGAGCGACAGCGCCGAGACCUUCGGCUGGCGAGCCAGCUCGGACGGAGUGAUUCAGAAUAUGUGCGGCUAUUGGUCGUGGUUUGCUUGCACGGCUGACGAUCCGUGUAAGGUUGAGGCGCGACACGCUGUGGAGGCGGCUGUU